AUGCAGGAACUGGCUGCUCUCCGACUGUCCGAGGCGCAUGCGCGAGCCAACGCGGCGUCGGAGAUCCAGCGGGAGCGAGAGACUUCCGCCAACUUCGCGCUUGAGACGCAGAAACUUCAAGUGCAGAGCAAACAGCUGCAAGAGGAGGCCAUCAAGUACUACGAGACUCGCUUCAAAGCACUGGAGAACCUGCCGGCUGAGCUGCAGAAGGUCAAGAUGGAUUACGCGGAACUUGAGCAGAAGGUAGGUUGCAAUAACUCUGUGUCGAAAUGCGACGAAGAUGACGAAGAAGAGAUUUGGGCUAGAGCAUCUGCGGAUGAGGAAGCGGGGGAGCAGGAGCAGGAGCAGGAGCAGGAGCAGGAGCAGGAGUAUACUGUGCUUGUGACGGAAUGCGAGUCGUUGAAGAGGACCGUGGAGAUGUUGGAGCUCGAGAAGAAGCAGCUGCUCGGCUACAGGUACGAGAGGGACGUGCUGGCCAACGAGCUGGAGGCCCUCAAGAAGAGCUCGGCAGAGACGCAAGUGAGGCUGCAGGAGACGAUCAAGGAGCUCCAGGCCGAGGUGGCUCGCUUGCAGACGCAGUGCCUCCAGAUCCCUCCGCUCCAGCAGAGGAUCCACCAGCUCGAGAUGGAGAAGAUUGAGAGUGUGAAGGCGCUCGAACGGGACGACCUGGCUCAGCACGUGGCAGCCAAGGGCAUCGAGAUCGACAAGCUGAGCAAGGAGGUCGAGAGGCUGCACAACGAAGUCCACCUUAGGGAUACCGAUAUCAUCUCACUACGAUCGCACAUCCAGACUCUCAGCAGGGAGCUCGAGGAGACGAAGCCUCUGAUCAAGAGCGUCCCAGCCCUGACACAGCGCAAGGACCAGCUGGAAGCUCAUGUGAACACGCUCAACGGACACCUGGAGAAGAUCAAGCAGCAGUCGCUGACCGCUCAUGCCGAGUACAUCUUGAAGCGAGAGGCCGUAGGCAUGAGGAACGUCUUCUCGCUGAAUGAGCAGGAGAAGAAGGCCAUGAGUGAUCAACUGCUACGAUACAAGGAGCUGUUGGAGAGUCAGAAGGGCACAGAGGAAGUACUGGGCAAGGACAGGGACGCCCUGCAGUCUCAAAUCUCCAUCCUCAACGCUGAGAUAGAGGCUCUCCGCCGGAGCAUCAUGAAGGUCGACGGUCACGGGAUCAAUCCCAUCUCCCAAGGCUACCCCAUCUGA